CUCGCAUUUCUAACCCUCUUGCUUGGAACAAGUCUCUCCUCUCAUACUCUUGUGAGAGGUUUUUACGAGGCGACCUCAGUGUUUCUUCUGCUUCGAAAGUUUAUUGUUUUUCUCCCCUAAACGAUCAUCAUGGGUAAGGAGAAGGUUCACAUAAACAUCGUGGUCAUCGGUCACGUCGACUCUGGUAAGUCGACGACCACCGGUCACCUUAUAUACAAGCUUGGAGGUAUCGACAAGCGUGUUAUCGAGAGGUUCGAGAAGGAGGCCGCUGAGAUGAACAAGAGGUCAUUCAAGUACGCCUGGGUGCUUGACAAGCUCAAGGCUGAGCGUGAGCGUGGUAUCACCAUUGAUAUUGCCCUGUGGAAAUUCGAGACCACAAAGUACUACUGCACUGUCAUCGAUGCUCCCGGGCAUCGUGACUUCAUCAAGAACAUGAUCACUGGAACUUCCCAGGCCGAUUGUGCCGUCCUUAUCAUCGACUCCACCACUGGUGGUUUUGAGGCUGGUAUCUCCAAGGAUGGCCAGACCCGUGAGCACGCUCUCCUUGCUUUCACCCUUGGUGUCAAGCAAAUGAUCUGCUGCUGUAACAAGAUGGAUGCCACCACCCCCAAGUACUCCAAGGCAAGGUAUGAUGAAAUUGUGAAAGAAGUGUCCUCCUAUCUGAAGAAGGUGGGUUACAACCCUGAUAAAAUCCCCUUCGUUCCCAUCUCCGGUUUCGAGGGUGACAACAUGAUUGAGAGGUCGACCAACCUCGACUGGUACAAGGGCCCAACCCUCCUUGAUGCUCUGGACAUGAUCAAUGAGCCCAAGAGGCCCUCAGACAAGCCCCUCCGUCUCCCACUCCAGGAUGUCUACAAGAUCGGUGGUAUUGGAACUGUUCCAGUGGGUCGUGUUGAGACUGGUAUCCUCAAGUCCGGUAUGGUCGUCACCUUUGGUCCCACUGGAUUGACCACUGAAGUCAAGUCUGUUGAGAUGCACCACGAGACUCUCCAGGAGGCCCUUCCCGGUGACAACGUCGGUUUCAACGUGAAGAACGUUGCCGUCAAGGAUCUCAAGCGUGGUUAUGUUGCCUCGAACUCCAAGGAAGAUCCUGCCAAGGAGGCUGCCAGCUUCACCUCCCAGGUUAUCAUCAUGAACCAUCCUGGGCAGAUCGGAAAUGGAUACGCCCCUGUUCUGGACUGCCACACUUCCCACAUUGCUGUCAAGUUUGCCGAGCUACUUACCAAGAUCGACAGGCGAUCCGGUAAGGAGCUUGAGAAGGAGCCCAAGUUCUUGAAGAACGGCGAUGCCGGGCUUGUUAAGAUGAUUCCCACAAAGCCCAUGGUGGUUGAGACCUUCUCUGAGUACCCUCCACUCGGUCGUUUUGCUGUGAGAGACAUGCGUCAGACGGUGGCAGUCGGAGUCAUCAAGAGUGUCGAUAAGAAGGACCCAUCUGGUGCCAAGGUCACCAAGUCCGCUGCCAAGAAGUCUGGCAAGUGAACGGUGUGGUUUUAAGUCUGCAAUGUUUGGGAGGGUUGUCCAUGGUUACAUUCGAUUUUGGUUUUCUUGUCAUUGCUUCUGUUGCUGUAUCUUUUCUCUCCCCUUUCUAUUCUCGCUUUCGAGUAAGGUGUUGAGCAGUCGGAAGCAAAGCUGGGUGCUUGACAGGCGGUGGUGAAGGAUAUAUGCUUGUCUUUUUUAUUGGGGGGGGGGUGUUCACAGAUUGAGUUAUUUUACGGCGUCGUGACCCGAGGAAAACAGUUUUAGCAGUAGAAUUUAGACUUUAGUUUUCAAUUUAAUGAUUGGAGUUGAUAAUAUAGGGUGAUUUUCUCGAUUUGACUUGUUA